UAAUCAAUUGUUAUUGCCUGAUGAUUAUUGUUAGACCAUAUCAUGGUCUAAUGUCUGAUAUAUGUAUGCACGUACGUACGUAUGUUUGUAUGGUUGUGUACAUGUAUGUACGAGGAGGUGGAAAUAUCCAUACUGGAAAAUACAGAUGCGUAGCCUGGCUCCACGAGCCGGCACAAGGAUCGACAAGGAUGAAAGAAGAGUCUGUCUGUUGCAUAAUCCGAUUCGUUCACAUUGCCGCUUCGUCCACUAACAAAAUGUGUGCCUAAUAAGCAAUCAGAUUCUCAACUCUUCGAGAUGAUUUCUUUUCUUUCAUACGUCAAACUCAUAUUGUUGGAUCACCUCCUACUUCUACGCUUUUAGCCAUACGAUACGUGCAUGUGCUCAUGUGAAUUGGAAUUGGAAUCACUGAAAAUUUUGUUAUCUACAGCACGAGUAGUUGGCACGACUGUGUCACCAAGUGUCCAGUGCAGUGACCAGGUGUCGCUUCGCUUUCCGCGCGCAUGUGUCCACAUAACAUACAUGAGAUUUCUAGGGGAGUUCUACCAAAUACCGUGGACGUUCUAUAAGUGUACCCAUCAUUGCAUUAAUUGUUUGUGCAGGACUCCUGCAUUGGGGUCAACUCUUCUCGAUUCGAAUGAUUUAUUCCUCCGCUCUACAUAUGAGAGAGCUUGAAAUAUUGGCGGUCGAGGCGUUGAUAACAAUUGAAAUUGAAACAAUCGCCGUGUACAAUCACGAACGAGUCGGUGAUAGUCGUGUGAUCGAUAAUAAUGUUUGCUAGUACCACGGACACGAAGCGAGCCCAAACGUUGGUCGUGUUCAAAACGAAGAUUUAAUACGAGCCCUCCCUCCCCUCUCCCUGUGGCAUUCACCUUUCCGUUCGUUAGAGCGGAACACCGUUGAACAGUGGAAAUUUUACUUGGACGAGAUAUUUCACCUUAUCGGUGUCAACGGUUGUUACUUCGUAACGGGAAAGAGAUCACUACCACGUAAACAGGAAGGAGAAUUACGGGAUGGCAUCGUCCAUGGUAGCUGUUCCAUCUGGAACAGCUUCGGUCCCAGCUGGAACUGGUAUCACGCAGAGCGAAGAGGUCGAGAACGGAGAUGUUUUUAGUGAACACAAUAUUAACUCUGUUACCGGCUGCAACGAAACCUCUAGUCCUGGAGAUGCUCUGGAGGAAAUCAAUUGUGGUACAGAUGAAAACGGCGACCAAGAGUGCGCCAUUUGCAUGGGCAAACUAUGUUCGCCACGAGUGCUCUCUUGUCUUCAUGUAUUUUGCGAGGCUUGUCUGGACAAGCUCCUGAUGGACGAGGCUGGCGACCCCAAGGUCAGCUCGGUCCUUGUUUGUCCAAUUUGUCAACAAGAAACUUCCAUUAGUUCUAAGGGUGCUGCAUCGCUCACUUGCGACUAUGUUCUAACUAAUAUACUCGACAUGUCUGCAAUCGAAAAUAUGGCUGUACUCUGUACCUCGUGCAAAGCCAAAGAAAGCGCUGUUGCGCGGUGUUCAGACUGUGCCAACUUCUUGUGUCCAAGUUGUGACUGCGCGCAUCAGUUUAUGCGCUGUUUUGAAAGUCACAAGGUGGUUGCUUUUGAAGAUUUAAAAAAGUCCAACGAAGCUAUACCGAUUCACAAACCUAUUUUUUGUGAAUGUCAUCCUGCUGAAAAUAUGAAGUUUUACUGUUACACUUGCCAGGAACCAAUAUGUAACGAGUGUCUGCUUGUUGAACAUAAAGCCCCAGAACAUCAAUAUGAAAGAUUAGUAGACGCGGAACCACGCCAAAAAGAAGAGUUAAUCAAACUAGUGAACGAAAGUAAAGCGAGAAUCGCCGAUUGUGAUCAGGUGUCUGCUCAACUGGACAAUGCCCUAAGAGAGCUUCAAGCACAACAUGAUCAGGCCAAAGAUCUGAUUAUAGAAACGUUUCAGAGUUACAAAGCCGUAUUAGAGAAAUGUCGUGAUAAUGCGUUGGUUGAGCUCGAAAAGCUGCAUUCUAACAGAGAGCUGGAAAUAAUGGACACGUUUCAUAGUGUUGAAAAGACAGUCGAGAAAAUAGAAAAUGCUUGUCGUUUCACCUCCAGACUUUUGGAACACGGCGAUGCUGUAGAGAUUCUUGCGCUUCGCCGGAUAGUAGGAACUCAGUUGAUGAAUUUAAUCAAGAACACACCGAAGCCAAAUGUUUCUUUUUCUAUCGAGUUUCAGACUGAUUACAAUCAAUUUGAAAAAACAGUGAAGGAUGUCUUUGGCAAAUUUCAUACUGAGGGUACUCCGGUGAUAAAGAACGAGACUAUCACCACGGUCCCGGGAGUGAGUACAAGUCAGCAAGUUGUUCACACUUCGAUGGGCUGUCCGCGCUCCAUUAGCACAAGGUCUCCCAUAUCUCUUCCUGCGUCAAUGCAAUCUUCGUUCGAAGGUGAACCUUCGUUUGUUAUACCUCCGACAUCCAGUCCUCAGAAUAUUCCACCUCCACCGCCACCCGUUUCCCUUCCUCCAGGUCCUAUUCAUGGCUUGACCAGUAUUCAAGAGUACAAUCUGCAGCAACUAGCCAGUUUAGCGGAAAAGGUCGAAAUGGUUGGAGACACAAACGUGGUUGGACCCAGCUCAAAUCCCAGCCCAACUCCACCUUUCACUUUGGCUGACUUGUUUGCCGGUGAUCUGAGUUCCACGAGCCACGCGAUCAAUAAUCUGCAGGCUCUAGCUAAGUUAGGGAAUACGCUUGGUAAUCAAGACCUUGGAAAUGCAACGAUCAAUGGUGGUAGCGGUCUGGUAUUGGGCAGAGGUCCGUCACCAGCAAUUGUAGAUACGCCAAAUUUAAGUUUAGCUGCCAACACUCUUUUAAAUGGAGGAUUUCAGUCGUUAUCGUCCUCCACCUCGCCGAUACUUUCACAGGGUGCUGACGAUUUAAUGGGAGAUUCGAUACACAAUAUGCCUGUGGUAGUGGGAAAUACUGUUGGCAAUGUGACUGGUUCCGGAUCUGGAAACUACGCCCAUCCACGUUCAAAUAAUGCAAAGUUGACGCCCAUGCAUAUCCGCUGCAAAUUUGGGCAAUUAGGUCCCAGUAAAGGUCAAUUCAGCUCACCCCAUGGAUUCUGCUUGAGCGCCGAUGAAGACAUUAUCGUCGCUGACACAAAUAAUCACAGAAUUCAAAUAUUUGAUAAGACUGGUGCUUUCAAAUUCCAAUUUGGUGUUCCUGGCAAAGAAGAAGGACAACUGUGGUAUCCGAGGAAAGUUGCCGUUAUGAGAAACAGCGGGAAAUUUGUUGUCUGCGACCGUGGAAACGAGCGUUCUAGAAUGCAGAUAUUUACAAAGAAUGGUCACUUUAUUAAGAAAAUAGCGAUUCGUUACAUCGAUAUUGUAGCAGGCCUAGCUGUUACUAGCGAGGGCCACAUUUUGGCAGUUGAUAGCGUGUCGCCAACAGUGUUUGUGAUCAGCGAUACAGGCGAUUUGUUGAGAUGGUUUGACUGCAGUGAAUACAUGAGGGAACCAAGUGAUAUUGCAAUUAGCGGGAAAGAAUAUUUUGUGUGCGAUUUCAAGGGACAUUGUGUCGUAGUGUUCAAUGAAGAAGGCAAGUUCUUGCGCCGCAUUGGCUGUGACAAUGUAACAAACUUCCCAAAUGGGAUAGAUAUUAGUGAUGCAGGUGACAUAUUGAUAGGAGACUCGCAUGGCAAUCGUUUUCACGUGGCUGUUUUCUCCAGAGACGGUUCCUUGAUUUCCGAGUUCGAAUGUCCAUAUGUGAAGGUCUCCCGAUGUUGCGGCUUGAAAAUAACUUCCGAGGGAUAUAUCGUAACGCUGGCUAAAAAUAAUCAUCAUGUCCUCGUACUGAACACUCUUUACAUAUCAUGAAGCGAGGAGGCAGAUCAAGCAAGUAUGUCACGAUUAUCUCCCGCGAGUGGAACUUCCUUAUGAGACGAAACAAAAUCCGCUCUGCCUCUUAACGAAGGACAAAUCGGCAAGAAGCAAAGAAAACAAAUAUAUAUAUAUGUGUCUGGUCUGGACGAAGUUUGAAGUUCUUUUGAGAUUUGGGCCUAUCAAAGCAAUAGUAACGCAAGUGCAGCAUGCAGCCUUAAUAGUCUGUAACAAAAAGGAACAAAAACCUUUAAAAAAAAAAAAACAAAAAACGAAAGAAAGAAGAAGUUUAAUGCGUCCCUGUUUUAUGAAA